GUGACGCAGCAUUCGGCCACGUGUCCCUCCUUUACGCCACACGCUCCUGCGUGAUGACAUCACACCCACGCUAGACAUAAAAGCCCAGCGAGGCGGUCGCUUCCGCCUUUUGAGAGGCCUCAGCGCGGGCGGGCGGGAUGGCGCCGCAGAAAGACCGAAAGUCAAAAAAAUCAACUUGGAAGUUUAGCCUUGACCUCACCCAUCCUGUAGAAGAUGGAAUAUUUGAUUCUGGAAAUUUUGAACAGUUCCUAAAGGAGAAGGUUAAGGUCAAUGGAAAAACUGGAAACCUGGGGAACAUAGUUCACAUUGAACGUUUUAAGAACAAGAUCACAGUCAUAUCUGAGAAGCAGUUCUCUAAAAGGUAUCUGAAAUACCUCACAAAGAAAUACCUCAAGAAGAACAAUCUUCGUGACUGGCUUCGUGUGGUUGCAUCUGAUAAGGAGACAUAUGAGCUGCGCUACUUCCAAAUCAGUCAAGAUGAGGAAGGAUCAGAGUCUGAGGAAUAAAUGAAGCUUUUACUGAAAGCUUUAUACUCUUAAACAGCGUACAAAAGACUAAACAUCUAUUUAUGAAAGCACUUUAACUUAUUGGUGAAUAAAGGUUUGGUACACUGUUUCAAAAAAA